AUGUCUUUCAAUACUAAUUAUGUUCAUAAGAGUAGGAUUAGAUUUGCAUCUUGGAACAUCGGAUCUUUGACGGGGAAGAAUAUGGAAUUGAUAGAUGUUAUGCGGCGAAGAAGGAUUAAUGUGGCAUGCAUUCAAGAAACGAGAUGGAAGGGUCACAAAGCCAAGGCUUUAGAUGACUACAAACUAUGGUACUUGGGAGAUGACAGUGGGAGAGGUGGAGUGGGCAUAGUUGUGGACAAAGACCUGAAGAACGAAGUAAUGGAUGUUAAAAGAGUUGGAGAUAGGAUCAUAUCUAUUAGGCUGGUACUAGACAACGAGGUUAUUAACAUAGUUAGCGCGUACACACCCCAGGCAGGAUUGGAUGAGAGUGUUAAAAUACAAUUUUGGGAACACAUGGAUGGAUUAGUGCAGAGCUUUGGUCUGGGAGAGAAAAUUAUUAUCGGAGGUGACCUUAACGGACAUGUGGGUAGAGAUCGUAGAGGCUACGAAGAAGUUCACGGAGGAUACGGAGUUGGAGAAAGGAAUGAGGAGGGGAUCUCAAUUUUAGACUUUGCGAUAACGUUUGACCUGUGUUUUGCAAACACCUUCUUUGAAAAGAGACAUGAACAUUUACUUACCUACAAGAGUGGGCAACAUACAAGCCAAAUAGAUUUUUUCCUCACUAGAAGGUCUGACAAACUUUUAUGUAAGGACUGUAAGGUUAUACCAGGAGAGAGCUUAACCACUCAACAUAGAUUAAUGGUCUUGGAUAUGCACCUAAGUACGAGACAACGUAGGAAGGAGAAACAGACUUGCCCUAAGAUAAGAUGGGGGCAACUUCAUGGAGGUCUUCUAGAAUCAUUUAUCGGUAAAGUAGCUCUACAAGGAAAGUGGGAUUCUGAUGGAGGUACCAAUGAGAUGUGGAUUGAGAUGACGACUUGUAUUAAGAAGGUUGCUAAAGAAGUCCUAGGGAUUUCAAAAGGUACUAUUUCUAUUACAUGCAUCCCUGCCUAUGUUCUCUUUGAUUCGGGUGCUUCACAUUCUUUUGUGUCUCCCUCCUUCGCCAAGAAGAUGGGGAUUGCUCCUAAGAGUUUAGCUCAAGGAUUAGACGUUAGCACGCCAACUGGAGAUGUGGUUGGAUUAUAA